GUUUCACGUACACCGAAAGGUGUAUCCGAUGUCAGAUAGAGGAGGAUUAAAGGGUGCAUAUCUCUUUGUUUCAGGUGCGAAUAAUGGAACAAAAAUUGGCAUGGUCGGUGGCGAGUGACGCGAACAGCGCCCAAAUUCACCGGCUGGAGGGGGAAGUAGAGGAACAGAGACAGUUAAGGUUACACGAUGCUAAACAGGUAGAGGCAAAAGCAGCAAGAAUCAAAGAGUGGGUGACGAAUAAGCUGAAGGAGUUGGAGAUUCAGAAUCAAACGCUGCGAGAGCAGAAUAUCAAAUGCAAUCAGCAGUUGGAGCUGUUAAGGAACCACCUCGCUUUGGCAGAUAGAAGGAGAUCUGAAAGCAGUUCCCCAGAAGGAAGACAGCAUACAAAGACAUCAACUGCCCGUAGCCAGAAACACCGCCGUCAUCAGUCCGUCUGCCUAUCUACAAACACCAAUUUUGAACCAGUUAUACCUAGCACCUUAGUUACUAGUGUCAAUUUUGGCACCAGCACCUCAAGUAUGGAUCCGCUAACGGACGAACUUAGAGCAGCCGUAGACAAUUUAAGCUUGGCGAGGAUACCUAGUAGUAGUGCGAGUGAUCCAGAUCUAGCGCAUGACUAUGCUGAAAUAUACACACCCAGCAGGGAAAAAGUUCCAUGGCCCCGAGCACCAACACCUCCUAUGCAUAGGUUUCCAAGUUGGGAAGAUAGAAUAUACCAGGUAGCUGCUGAUGGUUUAACGUUAACAGGAACCACGCCUAGUGAUCUUGGUCCAGAGCAAGCUGGGUACCAAGAUAUACCAGUGCCUGUAUAUGCCACCGUCAAAGGCAGAGCUAGUCAAAUUAGAUCAAUGCCAUUUACUGGCGAUUCUUCAGACGAUUCCAGUGAUGGGGAAGGCAACAACACAACGCAUGCAGCAGAUGGCACGAAUACACAUAGUAGAAGUUCAGGGGAUACGUCAGGAUCGAGUCCUGGUAAAAGGACUGCCUCCAGUAGUAGUGGGUCUCCUAGUAAAAGUAAAACGAGAGGUGUUUCAGAUACGUCGUUCGAAUCGGGAAUGUCUGACGACUACGCCAUACCUCCAGAUGCCUUAAGUUGUGAUACUACCAGUUUAGAAUCGUCGAUGCUCCUAAGAGCCUCCUCCUACUUAGACAGUCCGAAAAGGAUAGAGAGCUUAGAGAAAAGCGGAACACUGGCUAAAUUGGGUGGAAAAUUGAAAACGUGGAGGAAAAAAUGGUUCGUCUUGAAAAAUGGCAUCCUCACAUACUACAAAAGCCAAAACGAUAUAAACCGAAAACCACAAGGCCAAAUAGUAUUAGAUGAAUUUUGUAAGAUAACCAGAGCGGAAGGCUCAAACACCUUUGAGAUAGACACGGGGAAGAAAACAUAUUAUUUGACAGCUGACAAUAUGACCGCAAUGGAAGAUUGGGUGCGGAUACUGCAAAAUGUGCAACGAAGAAAUGCAACAAAAUUGUUGUUAAGUAGAGACGAGAAUAAACCGGUUUUACAAGGCCUACUGAAAAAAGUCAAGAACGGAAUUCCUAGGGAAUGUUGGUGUGUUCUCAUAGGGAAGAUGUUCUUGUACUAUAAGAAACAGACUGAUUCUACACCACAUGGACAGAUCAAUAUGCGAGAUGCCAAAGUUGAAGAAAUUGAGCAUUUAUCAGAUUCUGAUUCUGAAGAACAAGAUUCUGAACAGCCAAAGUAUACGAUAGGGAUAUUCCCUUCAAACCAAGCUCCUACGUAUCUACAUUUCACAGGAAAACAGGAAAAAGACGCUUGGUUGUACCAUCUGACUGUAGCCAGUGGUGGAGGACCCAGUACAGGUACGCAAUAUGAGCAGUUGGUCCACAAAUUGAUGGAGGUUGACGGAGAUCCAAAUUGUGUUCUGUGGAGACAUCCUGUGCUUUUACAUGUGCCUUGCACUAAAGAUGGUGCCGUGCCAUCUUACUUCCCGCUUACCAGCUUACCAAAUGAUAGUCUACAGUCUGAAGCAAUAAAACUGUUCAAAUGCCUGCAACUGUUCACUUCGGCCGCUGUUGACCAAGCUGGAAUCGAUUACCAUGUAGUGUUGGCUCAGAACGCCCUACAGCAAUGUCUUGACCUUCCUGAUCUACAAGCUGAGCUGCUUUGCGCCCUCAUGAAGCAGACUAGCAAAGCCCAUCCACUGCCCAAGCUCGGAGUCCAGGUAUCCACACAAAAAUUGCUUAAGAAAAGCGGCGCAGGGGGAGGCGGAACCAGUGGGAGCGGUCACCACCACACGCAAGAGGAGAAGUGUUGCUACGCUAAGGACGGCAAGGGACCGCCUUUGUUUUCAUUGGUGCAAGGAUGGCAACUGUUGGCGCUGGCUGUCAGUUUAUUCGUACCCAAGUCAUCAAUGUUGUUGUGGUUCCUGAGGCUGCAUCUGCAGAGGAAUGCGGAUAAUAGGACAGAAUGUGGGAAGUACGCUGCUUACUGCGAGAGGGCGCUGGAGAGGACUAUCGUGGCAGGUGGUAGGGAAUUGAAGCCGUCAAGAAUGGAAGUACUGAGCAUCCUAUUGAAAAAUCCUCAACAUCACUCUCUACCUCAUUCGAUGCCAGUGCAUCUUUUGAAUGGCACAUACCACAUAACUAGUUUUGAUGGUUCGACCACCAUCAAAGAGUUUCAGGACUCGCUAGCUCAAGAAAUAGGCUGUAGAACCAACAACGGGUUUGCAAUGUUUAGUGAUGACCCGAUCGAAAAGGACUUGGAACACACCUUAGACCCUAGUGCUAAAUUAUGUGAUCUUAUUUCUAAGUGGGAAAUUGCUCUAAGGGAGAAGGGCUUAGGUAAAUUCGAGAACAGUAGAGUAAUUCGGUUAACGUAUAAGAACAGGAUAUGGUGGAAGAAUUGUGCGAAAUUAGAGACGGAAAAGGAAAGACUGCUUUUAUGUUAUCAGGUAAAUAAACAAAUAGUGGGCGGUAGAUUUCCAGUUACAAGAGAAGCAGCAUUAGAAUUCUCAUCGCUUAUGGCUCAACUUGAUGUGGGUGAUUGUUCCUUGAAUUCCAGUAAAUCUAAUGUUAGUCAUACCUUCCCCAGCCACCAAGGAACUUCAAACAUCCACUCGAGCCCAAAAUCCACAGCAAACGGCACCUUAAGCCCCCAGUCCACCUUGCAAAACUCGAACACCCUGAACGCGCUGAACAACGUACACGGUAUCCUGACAGCGCACUCCAAUCAAGCACUUACCGCCAUCGACAAGUUCUAUCCGUACCGUUAUAGGGACCAGCUGAGUCAGGAGGGACUGCAAGAACUACAGGCCAAAUUGCUGGCCAAAUGGAGGGCUCUGAAGGGCAGGACGCAGGCUGACUGUGUUAGGGCUUACUUGAAUUCUACGAGGAAAUGGCCGUUCUUUGGGCAUACGCUGUUUCAGGCUCGACUCCGUCAACAAGAUUCCCCAAUGACCUGGCUAGCUGUAGGCGAGGACGCAAUCACAAUUUUAGAUCUGGCAACAAUGCAGCAACGUGUCCGCUACCCCUACACCAACGUGCUCACUUUCGGCGGCUGUCAAGAAGACUUUAUGCUGGUGGUUACUCAGAACGAUCAGCAACCAUCUCAGAAGCUGAUCUUCUCGCUCAGCAAACCGAAGAUUUUGGAACUGACGUUGCUGAUUGCCGACUACAUGAAUAUGCUGAUGAACCCAGGGACACCAUUAUUGGGGACGCUCAGUAGGGGAACCAUGGUCUCAGUGAAUCAAUCAGUGGUAAAUCAGUCGAUAAUCAGUCAGACAUUAGCCAGUCAGACUCAGCCAGACAUCCUAAAAUCAACCCCUGAUCAUGCGAUGGUCCAACGAUCCGACUCGAAAAGAAGGACUCAUAUUGAUUCUGGUUUGGCGUGAUGAAAGAUGUGAGAAUGAAGUUUACGGAUGUGUUAGGUGUGCCAGGUGGAUUUGUUCAUGAUUUUUUGCCUAGGUUGGCAUUAAUGAAGUAUGGAGAUAUAAUUCACAAGGUGGAUCAAAAUUUCACCAAAGAGUAGUUAUAUCAAGAGAAGACACGUGGUGCAAUGCCGUUAUAAUUCGCCGAUCGGCCCAAUUGACCUUGAGAGUCAUCUGCAUUAUAGUAGAGAAGCCAAUCAUAAUUUUUUUUUGUUACAUCAUUGCAUUCUGAUGAGAUAGGAUAAAAACUAGUCACAUAUUACGUAUUUUGUUGCUGUUUGCUAUUUAUCAUCAGAAUUUAGCAUUUCAAUCAAUCCCCGAUUCAACCAUAACUUUGCGGUCGGCCCUUUAACUAUUACUGGUUCACAAAUAAAAACGGCGAUGUAUGUGUGGACCAACCUUGGCUUGGCGAUUCGCUUAUAGGUGUUUUGCCGAGCUGGCAUAACAUUUUUAUAAAACGCUACAAUUAUAAAUACCAAGGAGAAGCUCUAAUUUAUCUCUAAUCUUAUCCGCCUUGUCUGUUUUCUCUUUAUAUAACUAUUCUUUGAUCUCACUAUGGAUCAUGUUCAAGACAACUAAAGGUGCACGCUCAUAGAGGGGAAGAGAAUUGAUUGGUGUCGCGCGACAAUGUCGCUGACAAUGCUUGUUAUACAGCUGCUUCUAUCGGACUUGAUCGUUGAACAUGUUUACUCGACACGAAUGGAUUCUGUUCUUCUCAAUGUGCGUGUAAAAAAAACUAACCUGAAAAGCGCGCAAAAAAAUCUUUGUUAGUCAUGAUCACUUGUAGUACAUGGAUUUUCGUUCAAGAAUAGUAUGAUCAGAUCGAGUAUAUAACAAUUUUUUAUUUGAUUUAACUUGCAAACUAUGCAAACAUACAGUGAAGUAGUUAAAACUGUAAUUUAACCAUUCUACCGUUGAAUUUUAAUCAUCCUAAAAGCAAGAAAUGGUUUGAAACUCUCCAAACUUCAUUAGCUUUUAGGCGCAUUAAAUUGAAUUUGUUUUAUUGCAUAAAGCGACUCAUUUUAUCCUCAUCAUUCUCAAUUUUAGAGAGACAUCUUGUAAUUACGACUGUAAACGCAAUAAUAUAUUGGUUGUAAUUGGUAUAGAAAUAUCUGCUUGAUAGCCACUAAUCUGUUUUACGUAGGGUGCUUCAUUAUGAUGAGUCCAAAUAAAAUGCCGAAACAACGUCACCAGUCUUACCUUAUAAGAGUAACCGUGGCAAGUCAGGUAUUAUUAGCUUAUAAUCCAACAUCUGGAACUUGACAUGUUUUCAUGUUGAUAAAAUUGCAUAUUUUUCGUGUAGCUAAAUGAAACUACAUAUGCAGGUCUCACUCUUUACGAAUAACUCUUUAAAAACGUUUCAGCCACUCAGCAUAUAUUAAAGUUUAAAUAAUUAACCAGAAAAUUUUUAUAGAUUUACCUUGGGGAGCUACAUCAUUUUGAGGUAAAACCAUAAUGACCCACCCUUUAACUAAUUGUGGUAUUUUCGAAUAUUUUUCUCAUAUUGGAGGUGUAUGAAUCUGUAAAUAAACAAGACGAAUAUUUUUGUGUAAAUAAGUGUUUUUAGUUUAUUAUGUUAUGUUGAUAGAUUUUUUAUUUGCAUUUAGCUUCAAAGGCUUCACGAAGUUCCGAUGCUGUUAGUUCUGCAUUACAUUGAAAUACAUAGUAUUUUUUAAAACAGUUGAUAUUAUACAAAAUUUAUAUUUCGUCGCUGAUUUAAAUCAGUGCCAUAUAUACUGCUGUAUGUAGUUUAAACUAUGUUUGUGUAAAUGGUAUUAUUAGUUUUUAGCAGUGACACAAUCAUAUAACUAAUAGAGCGAUUUAGAUUCACCUCAAAGAAUUUCUGAGUUCAAUACUUCUUGAAUUCCUAAAGAAAAUCGUAUCUAAACAAUGGAUACAAUUCUGGUGUCAUAGGUUUAAAUCUGCAUUUUUAGCUGCUAUACACGGUGUUUCACUUCAAUCUCCCCACCUAUUUCAAAAACCGCGCAUUCCAGAGAAAAUGUAUCAAACAAAAGACCUCGACUUCGAUUUUCAGUAUUAGUCUAAUCAUAUUAGCAAAUUUCCCCGAAAUAAUUGUAAAGUCUCGUUUUAUUGGCGCAAGUUGUUCUAGGGGUAUUUAAAACAGGCGCAUAAAAUGGGUACACCAUUUUUGUGGGAAAACUUUUUAUUUGACAACAAAGAAUUAGAAAACAUGUUUUUUGGGAUUCAAUCGAAAGUGUAGACAGGAACCUUUCAUAUAAGAUUUUUAGGUAUCUAUGAGACCCUCAAAAUGAGACCACACGUAAAAAGAUCCGACUAAUAGCAAAAAUAUUAUGGCCGAAAAACGAGGUCAAAUGCAGGUUUUGGCACACAACUACUUGAAAUUCUUCAAAUCGGUGGGAUUCAUACUUCUAAAUAACAACAAAAUUGGAUU